CACAAUCACAGAGAAACAUCUGGCAGCUUUGGCAAGUUUUGGAAAUUCGUACGGUUCAAGUUGAAAUACAAUAUAUUUUUUGGGGUAUGGAUCCCAGCACAAUGUGGCGCCUGCAGGAGGCUUGUCAGCGCAACCUCGUCGAGCGGCAGCGGAUCCGCAAACGGCUGCAGCAUCUGACGGGCAAGCGCUCCGGGGAACUGCUGUGUAAAGACAAAAACAGACAUGGCCAACCCGACGACUGGCCCUGUUUGACGUCAUUCGGCAUUGCCGAUGCACGCGAGAGGAUGAGCGCGCCUGCACCUCAGUCGGGCCCGAAACGUGCGCGCCAACGAAAGCUGAAGCAUGGCUGCUGUAUUCGGGAUAUAAGAGAAGAGCAGCCGCACCUUGAGCUGCUUGUCGUGGGCCACCAGUUGCCCAUGCACCCUUUGCCGAUGACAGCGACGCGCUCUCAUCACACGAGCGAACACCUGCAGCAGCAACAGCAUCAGCAGCAGCAACAACAAAAGCAGGAAGAGCAACAGCCUCAAACCCUCAAACACACACACGCACAUGCACGGUCGAAGUCACAGUCACGGAACCAACAGGCAGCAUCAAGCGGGAGAGCGAAGGCCGAGCCUCCAUACCCGAAUGGCUUCGUUUAUUUCCUGUCGCGCACUUGCCACCCCCACCAACAGUGCGCCCAGUUCCAGGCACAGGCACUGGCACAGCCACAGCCACAGCCACAGCCGCCGAGACAGAGACUCUCUGAGAUGCACGUGAGGAAGCACCACCUUGUUUUGGAUGCGCGAUUCAUGGCGGAACUGCUGGACGAAAUACUCUUGUGAAAUUGCAACACCAUCAAUCACCUGUUGCGACACCUCUCCGUCACGCACUUUGUUUAGAUCACAAAUAAAUUCAGAUCGGAAUUGCCUUCUUACCCCUUUUCUGGUCUCUCUUA